GUGGCGGCGGCGGCGGCGGUCCCGGUCCCGGCGGGCCCCCGCUCCCGGCGCGGCGGCGGUGGCGGCGGGCGCCCGGGGCAUGCGGCAGCGGUAGGACGCGCGGCGGCGAUGGGCGGCCGGGGGCUGCCGGUGCCGCUGCUGCUGGGGCUGCCGCUGCUGCUGGGGCUGCCGGCGGCGGGGCGCGCCGCUUCCAAGGCGCUGGUGUGCCAGGAGAUCACGGUGCCGAUGUGCAAGGGCAUCGGCUACAACCUCACCUACAUGCCCAACCAGUUCAACCACGACACGCAGGAUGAGGCCGGGCUGGAGGUGCACCAGUUCUGGCCGCUGGUGGAGAUCCAGUGCUCCCCGGACCUGCGCUUCUUCCUCUGCAGCAUGUACACCCCCAUCUGCCUGCCCGACUACACCAAGCCGCUGCCCCCCUGCCGCUCUGUCUGCGAGCGGGCCAAGGCGGGCUGCUCGCCCAUCAUGCAGCAGUAUGGCUUCGCCUGGCCCGAGAGGAUGAGCUGCGAUAGCCUGCCGGUGCUGGGGGACACCGAGGUGCUCUGCAUGGGUUACAACCGCACGGAAGCCACCACCCUGCCGCCUUUCUUUGGGAAGCCCACACGCCCUGCCAGGGACGCAGCCAAAAACCUGACGCCGCUCGAUGGGCAGCGCCCCUCCGGGCUGGACUGCGGCCGGACUUGCAAGUGCAAAGCGCCCCUUAUCCCCAUCUCCAAGGAGUCUCAUCCGCUGUACAACCGCGUCCGGACUGGGCAGGUACCCAACUGCGCCAUCCCCUGCUACCAGCCCUACUUCACCCAGGACGAGAAGACCUUCGCCACCUUCUGGAUCGGCCUCUGGUCCAUCCUCUGCUUCAUCUCCACCUCCACCACCGUCGCCACCUUCCUCAUCGACAUGGAGCGCUUCAAGUACCCUGAGCGCCCCAUCAUCUUUCUUUCUGCUUGCUACCUCUUCGUCUCCGUGGGCUACAUUGUGCGGCUGGUGGCAGGGCACGCCAACGUGGCUUGCAACCCAGAGCACCACCACAUCCACUAUGAGACCACGGGCCCGGCUCUCUGCACGGUGGUUUUCCUUCUCCUCUACUUCUUUGGCAUGGCCAGCUCCAUCUGGUGGGUCAUCCUGUCCCUCACCUGGUUCCUGGCAGCCGGCAUGAAGUGGGGCAACGAGGCCAUUGCUAGCUACGCGCAGUACUUCCACCUGGCCGCUUGGCUUAUCCCCAGUGCCAAAUCCAUCGCUGUACUGGCGCUCAGCUCUGUGGACGGUGACCCAGUGGCCGGGGUCUGUUAUGUGGGCAACCAGAGCCUGGAGAACCUGCGGGGCUUUGUGCUGGCACCACUGGUGGUUUACCUCUUCACCGGCAGCCUCUUCCUGCUGGCCGGCUUCAUCUCGCUCUUUCGCAUCCGCAGUGUGAUCAAGCAGGGCGGCACCAAGACCGACAAGCUGGAGAAGCUGAUGAUCCGCAUCGGCAUCUUCACCGUGCUCUACACCGUGCCUGCCACAAUCGUCAUCGCCUGCUACAUCUACGAGCAGCACAACCGGGAGGCGUGGGAGCAGGCACAGAACUGCUCCUGCCCGGGGGACCCCCACCGCCCCAAGCCUGACUACGCUGUCUUCAUGCUCAAGUACUUCAUGUGCCUUGUGGUGGGCAUCACCUCUGGCGUCUGGAUCUGGUCUGGCAAGACACUCGAGUCCUGGAGGCGCUUCACAGCCCGCUGCUGCCGGGCCAGGAAGCCUGCGGGUGCCUCCAUGUACGGCGAGACCAGCCCGGCACUGGCGGGCAGGACGGUGCUGCCCAGCAUGGCCUCCUACCACAAGCAGGUCCCGCUGUCCCAUGUGUGACCGGAGGGAGCCUCGGUGACCCCAGCCACAGGGAGGAGAGGGUUGCAAAGACCCUGGGCCACAGAAGAAGGGGUGGCAGCUGGGCCACCCCCAGCAUCCUCAGCCCCACUGUGGUGGUGCUGCCCGGGACUGAGCAUGUGUGCCCAUUGGGGUAUGGAGCGGCCGCAGCCCCAGGCAGGGCAGGGAGAGGUGCUGCCAACAAUGUGGGAGCAGAGAGACAGGGAUGCCUGGAGCCUGGCAAUACUGUGUGUGCUCCAUUUGGGGUCCCACACCCUGUUUGGGGUCCUAGGGUGCUGCUGCCUGCAGGCCAGUCAGGUGGCAGGUAGCCUGUGAGCUCUGAUUUGUGUCCUACGAUGAGCCUCUGGGCAGGUUCUGCUGGUGCCAGGGUGAAGGGGAGAGCUGCAGCAGGUAGGGUGGGUGGUGGCCCCCAAUCCCGGCUAGUACUCCGGCACUGCCACCGAGCCACUUGCUGGAGCCCACGGGGUGCGAGGGAGCUGGGGAGAGCUGGCAGCUGGGGCUCCCUCCCUGCCGUGCUGCACCUGAGCCCCUGGGCACAGCUACGUGUUGCGGGGGACAGGGCUGGGGGCCCCCAGAUGUGACGCUGCUGCUGGCCCCACUCGGAUGGCAGCCCGCUGAGCCGCGGGGAGGGAGCUGCGUGGGCCAGGGGCUUCGUGGGCAGCAGCAGUGUGGGAGGAACGGGCUGCAGAGGGGAACGGCCACCCAGCCCUCGAGGCAGGCAGGGAGAGGGUCCCAGCUGUCCUCAGCACAGGCGGGGACUAGGUAACCCCAGAGGUCCCCCCUCUCCCCUGGGCAGCACGUGCUGCUCUCCCCGGGCAGGGGGCUGAGCAGAGGCCGGUGCUGGUGGGGCUCAGUUCUGCGGUGCUGACGCCUGGGUCUGUGCAUGGGCAGCUGCUCCACUGCCCACCCCGGAGAGCCUGGGGGCUGCGCGGGUGACGAGGCUGCCGUCCCAGCGCGGGGUUCACAAGGAGCCCUGGGCACCGCUGGCAGUGGCAGCGACAGCGCUGGGAACGGGUCGAUGCUGCUCUGCACCUCUUGCCUCUGCAGCCUGGUGAGCUGCUUACGUCUGCCUUGCGCCGUGCAGGUUACCUGGGGUGAGAUGGGCAGCCCCGGCACUGCCUGCCAGCCUGCUGGCUGCGGCACAGCGUGGCACAACCAGGGCUAAAAGGGUGGUUGCACAACUGCAGCAGGUAGUGUGGGCAUGGGGGGGGCGGUGGUUCUGUGCCAGGCAGCAGUCUGUCUCUCCUGGGGAGUGGCUGGAUAUUCCAGCUAUCCAGCUUCAACACUUCUUGCUGCUUUUUUCAAAGCUGUGCCUCUGUCGGAGAUAGUGUGGGAUUUGCAGGAUUUGAGAGUGAGCAGUUAAUUUAGGAAAACUUAGCAGAACGCUCGUACUGCCUUUCCUCCAGCUUCCCAAGCCUUUUCCCUUCCCUGUGUCAGACAGCAGCAGCGCACCGACAGAACCGGUGCCUGGCAUUAAGCGGUGGUGACAGCUGGGUUUCAAUAAGUAGAAUGAUGCUGAGAAGGGGGGUGGCUGUUGUCAACUUCAUGGAACGCAGCAAGGGCAAGGGGCUCCGGCUGUGGCACAGGGUGGCGAGAGGUGGCUUGUGAAAGCACCCGCGCUUGGUUUUGGUUUUUUUGGGGUUUUUUGGGGUUUUUUUUCCCCUUUCCCCUGCCCUAAGUGGUGAUCCACCCAGCCAUUACUUGAGUCAUUUUUUUUGCCUGCCUUCAAGUGUGGCACCGUGACCCAGCUGCUCAAGCGCUGGAGAACAGCUGCUGGCUUUGCUCCCACUGGACUGCAAGGAUCCCAGGUUGUUCUCAACACCCUUGGACCACUUCAGUCAAGAAGGUUUCCACCUCGUUUUAAAACCAAAUCCAGGGAAGCGGGGCAAUGCUCGAGAGGCACAUGUACUGAUAAAGCUACUCCCAAGGUACCACAUGAGUGUCUGGGGGGUUCCGGGCAGAGCAGCAGUGCAGGGGAUGAGGGCUCGGCAGGGGCUGCCCAGCCGCACAGACCAGCACUCUUGCGACAGAGCGCUCGCUCCCUCCCUCCAGCGUGUUUGCUGUACUUCAUUGUGGACAGAAUUGCACCGUGUUGUGUUACAAACUGUGAAUAGUUGUAUUAUAGCCCAGGUUGUACAUACAGAAGCCGUAGUGACCUUUGAUAUGGGUUUGGGACAGGUGUGUUCUCGGCAGCAGGGCAGGUCAGGUGCAGAGAUGCUGUGGGCAGUCUUGGGUUAUGAUCCGGGGUGUUAAAUAACUCCAGCCUGCCCAAUCUAUGCCUUGCUGGACUCCUCUCUUUCUAUAGUGCCUUUUGUAGAUACAGCUAAACACACAUCAUGCAAUACAAUGAACAAAACCAUGUCAAAGGUGGUGUUUUGUUGUUUUUGUUUUUUUCCAAAGUGCAACUGACUGUGUAAAGCCUUUUUUUUUUUUUUGUAAAAAAAAAAAUAUCCAAGAUUAGCUACAAAUCAUUGCCUAUUGAAAAAUGCAAGAGCGUUUUCAGCUUUGAUCUAAUGGUAGGUUAAUACAAUCAACGUGUUUGAGCCUGGCUUCUCAGCAACAGGUGGCAGGAGGGGGAAGGCGCCGUUGCUGGGUGCCCUGUAUGCUGUAGCCAAUUUACAUGUUGGGUUUUGCCUCUUCCGUUACUGAUGCUGUUCAACAUUGUUUAAAUAACUGUACUAUAUUUUGUGAAAAGCUGAAGAAAUUUUAUUCAAAGAGAAGUAUCAAGAUUAGUUAUUUAUGAGGACAAAAACCACC